AUGCCGCCGCCGCUGCGUCUGGACCCGGAGCGCUCAGAGCGCCUGGCUGCGGGCGCCGCCCUCCUCCGUGGUCUCACUGAACCCGGGGGUCUGUCAGCCUCCACCCGUAUGCGCUGGUGCCUGAGGCACCCUUUCCCCAAAGACCAGGAAGAGUCCCCGGCAACCAGCGACAUAGCCCCCGGCUGUGCGCUGGUGCUGGUGCUGAUGCUGAUGACUGCGGCGCUGAGCAGGACAGGAGCAGUUCCUGUGCCCUCUGCCUCCAGGGCCUUCCCACCUGCCAGGGGCUGCCACAUGGCCCAGUUCAAGUCUCUGUCCCCUCAAGAGCUGCAGGCCUUCAAGACGGCCAGGGAUGCCUUUGAAGACUCGCUCUUGCAGAAGGACUGGGACUGCAGCGGCCGCCUGUUCCCCAGGACCCGGGACCUGAAGCACCUGCAGGUGUGGGAGCGCCCCGUGGCUCUGGAGGCAGAGCUGGCCCUGACGCUGACGGUCCUGGAGGCCAUGGCUAACUCGUCCCUGGGCCACAGCCUGGAGCAGCCCCUUCUCACGCUGCAGCACAUCCGCUCCAAGCUCCAGGCCUGUGUCCCAGCUCAGCCCACAGCAGGCCCCAGGCCCCGGGGCCGCCUCCACCACUGGCUGCACCGGCUCCAGGAGGCCCAAAAGAAGGAGUCCCAGGACUGCCUCGAAGCCUCCGUGAUGUUCAACCUCUUCCGCCUCCUCACCCAGGACCUGAAAUGUGUUGCCAGUGGAGACCAGUGUGUCUGA